CUGGAGCGCUCGUAGCGCUUAGUGAUUUUUCAGUUUGCUAGAGGGAGGUCACGAGCAAGGAACGACCCAAGGAUCGCGAUCCAUCAAGGACUCGCGACCUGGAAGUCCUUCCUGUGUCCAUGCAGAGGCACGUGGUCAAAGGUCAAGUCGGAGGGAUGAGCAAAGGUUGUGGAAUAUUUGGGAUUUAUCCCAGCUGGCUGCGGGAUCGUGCCACUCCGAAAAAUUUCAUCGCUGUAUAUGGCCUUCUUGGCACAGUACAGGCGAUGGCCUUCAUCUACAUAGUGGUCACUCUCACCACCUUGGAGAAAAGGUUCAAGAUACCUAGUCGUACAACUGGAUUAAUUCUUUCCGGCAACGAGAUCUCCCAAAUCUUGUCACUGAUACUGAUCUACUAUGGCGGUUCUGGUCAUCGUCCAAGAUGGAUCGCAGUCGGUGUCGGCCUCAGCGCCAUUUCCUGCUUGAUCCUGGCGCUUCCACACUUUUUGUACGGUCCUGGAAGAGAUGCAUUGGCCUUGACGAAGGAGUACCUUGAUCAAACUUUGUUAAACAGCAGCACAAUCCCGAAGGAUCUAGCGAUUUGUCCACGAGACGUGAAACCGGAACACUGUGACGAAGAAACGUUGCUGGAUGUCAGUUUGCUUCCUCGACUUUUGGUCUUCCUUUCUCAGUUUGUCCUUGGUAUUGGUACCACUCUUUAUUAUGGCCUUGGGCAGACGUAUCUUGAUGAUAAUACUAAGAAGAAGAACACUCCAAUGCUUUUGGGUCUAACAUUCGCACUAAGAACAAUUGGACCAGCAAUAGGAUUCUUGUUAGGCUACGGUUGCCUAAGUUUGUACAUAGAUCCAAGCUUAAAUCCCGUGAUCACCAAAAAGGAUCCACGAUGGCUGGGAGCAUGGUGGCUUGGUUGGAUUAUUUUAGGUGUCGCAAUGGGCAUGUUUGCUAUACUAAUAGCCAUGUUUCCACGAGAUUUACCUCCAACAAAAACCACCAUCGACACUGCCAAGAAGGAUGGUAGUAUUCCGCUGAAACUGCACCUAACCGUGCAAGAGCAGUACAUGAAACCGAGCGAGAAAAGAAAAUCACUAGAGACUGAAUACAUUCCUACAAUUCGUGAAUUUCCAAAAGCCACGAAGAGGUUGUUAACAAACUGGCUAUUAACGUUCAACAAUUUAAGUGGAGUGUUUUACGUGUUAGGAGCAUCGGCUUAUAUAACAUUUUUAGCAAAGUAUCUCGAAGUUCAGUACAGCACUUUUGCUGCUAAUGGCACUGUGAUUGCAGGUCCAAUAUCGUUGAUCGGUAUGGUACUCGGAUUUCUCCUAUCAGGAAUGGUGAUUAGCAAGUUCAAACCCGGACCGAGGCCAUUACUAGCAUGGAACGUGUUCGUGGGAAUCUGUUUUGUCGCUGGUCAAAUAGUUUUCAUAUUUCUCGGCUGUUCCGACAUUGGCAUCAAGGGUCUUGACCCAGAAACCAUGCAGUGAAAUGAGUCUGACAUCAAGCUGUAAUUCCGCGUGCAACUGCGAGGGCGUCAAAUACUCUCCGGUCUGUCACGUGCCAUCAAAGA